UGUUCAGAUUCGCCUUAUCACGAACUCUUGUGAUUACUUCAUUUAGACUUUGUUUAUAUUUUACAGAAAAAAAUUCGUUUAAUAUAUAACUAUGUUAAUUAUUGGACAUGAGUUAUUAUAGAGUCUAAAAAAUCUUCGCAUAUCGAUAAUAUGCGAACUCAAAUUAGUUUAGCGGCUCCAAACGUCCCCUGGAGGAAGGCAACUGUAAGCCUCAUUGUAAACAGCAUUUUAGUUCUCGAAUCGAAUUAUUACAUCGAAUGAGUCUCUUGCAACAACGUGCACAGGGCACGAUGAAGCGUUUUGGUAGCACAGGGGUAUGUAACAUCACAUAGGCGGUUCUCGCGCUGUGUUAUUUAACGCGCCCACCUGCACUGCACAGAACACAUUUUCACGACGUCUUCCUGGAGGAAUAGAAAACGAUGGAUCUGCACAUCUUGGACCACAAAUUAAGGGUCACUUCCAUAAGCAAAACGGGACUUCAGCAGUACACACAUCCCCUAAUCAAGCUGAUAUUUCUCCGAAACAGGACGAGAUGCAAAUUUUUCAGUCUCACAGAGACUCCGGAAAAUUACACCGUUGUCCUGGAUGAGGAGGGAUUUAAAGAGCUCCAGCCGUCUGAACACUUACAGGUGGAGGGCUCCACUUGGCUCCCGCUCAAUGUAGUCUCCAAUGGCAAUGCCUCCAGCAGCUCACAAGCCGUCGGCGUCACCAAGAUUGCCAAAUCUGUUAUCGCUCCAUUGGCCGAGCAACAUGUGUCCGUCUUCAUGCUCUCCACCUAUCAAACUGACUUUAUUCUGGUGCGAGAGAAGGACCUGUCGGUGGUAGUGGGUACACUGGUGGAGGAGUUUAAUAUUUUCAGAGAGGAGGGAGGAGAGUCAGUGCCUGUCCACAGUCAGGACGCCUGCAACGGCCUUCAGAGAAACGGCAGAGAGGUUCCACAUGCAACGGUUCAUCCGGUGCUUAUUCCAAAGAAUCAGUUUUGUGUGAUGAGCUUGGAUCCGGACACACUGCCAGCGAUCGCCACCACCCUCAUAGAUGUUCUGUUUUACUCUAACAGUCCUAAAGAGGGCGCCAGUGUUGAUCAAGACAUGGAAUGUAUCAAGUUCUUCUCUUUUUCUCUGAUUGAUGGAUAUGUGUCUUUGGUGAUGGACACAGAAGCACAGAGACAAUUCCCCGCUGAUCUUCUGUUCACCAGCUCCUCUGGUGAGCUCUGGAGGAUGGCAAGAAUAGGAGGGCAGCCUCUGGGCUUCGAUGAAUGUGGGAUUGUCGCUCAGAUCUCUCAGCCUCUUGCAGACAGUGAUAUAUCAGCCUAUUACAUUAGCACCUUCAGCUUUGAUCAUGCUCUGGUGCCAGAAGAAGACAUAGUGAGUGUGACCGAGAUGCUUCAAGCUCAGAGGAAGGAUAUAUCCAGUUGAGGCUGCUUUUGAAUGCAUCGUCAGCUUGGAAAGGGUUCAAAAAGUCCUUAGCGGUGGAUGGUAGAUCUUAUUUGAGCCACUAACACGCAGUAUUACUCCACAAGACUGUCUUACCAUAACCAGAGGUGCUUCAGGCAAAGCAUUUGAGAGCUAAACUCAGAAAACUGUUUUGCUUUUGCAGAAGCAGCAGUGCUGAUUAUAUGCAGUUGCUGAGAAUCAGUGUAUUUACAUGAUUUGAAAGGACAUUUUUGCAGCAAGUUAAUGCUUGAUUAUUUGAAGCACUUUUUUCUUAAUUGAAUUGGAAGAUGAGAGGACGUUAUUAUCAGUUUUGGACGUUUAUUUCUUUAUUUCAGGGGUUAAUGAUAAUACAGUUUGUUCUGCAGAAGUCAUUAUUACUUUGAGUAUUGUACACAGACGUCUUCCAGUAUUGUCAGAAUCAGUUUUUUUUUUCUUCUUAAGUAACCCUCUUUGAGGCCAAGCAAAAGAAAUGUAUUGUUGUAGCAACUUUUGGUGUCAUUGAAACAUUGCACUUAGAAAAGCACUUACUGGCAGUAGAAACUUGGAUCACUUUGGAAUCAGCAUUUCAAACAUUUCUCGCAAAUACCGCAGUCAUACUCUUAAGUUUGAUCUUUUCAAAUUACGUCUACACCUAGUUGAGUGAAUCUCUCAAGAACAUAUCCAGCUCACAUUUACCCUAACAACGAAGUUCUGUAGUAAUGUAAAUUUGUUUAAAAUUUCCUCACCCUCUAAGAUGAGGGUGUUUUGGAAGCCCGUUUCUGAAUGAAUACAAUUUUAUUAAAUGGGUUAUUGUGACUUUUUUUCACAGAAUUGUGAGAUAUAAACUUUCAACUGUGAGUUCUGAAGUUAGAAUUGCGAGAUUUAGUCACAGUUGCAAUAUAAAUGCAAUUAUCGCAAUUCUGACUUCUUUUCUUACCAUUGUAACUUUAUAUCUCGCAAUUAUGACUUUUUUUUCUCACAGUUCUGACAAUUGUGAGUUAUAAAGUCAAAAUUGCUUGAUUAAAUACUUGCAUGUUUACAUGCAAUUUUGUGUGUGUGUGGGGGGGGACUGAUAUGUUUUCAGAAUUGUGAGUUUAUAUCUGAUUAUACAUAAAGUCGCAGUUGCGUGUUAUAAAGUUAGAAGACUGAGUUUAUAUGACCCUAUUCUAUUUCUCAGAAUUGCGAGCUUUUAUCUCACAACUAUGACUUUUAAUUCGCAGUUGCGAGUUUGUAUCACGCAAUAGUGAAUAGUGAGAUAAAAAGUCACAAUUGCUUUUUUAUUAUUUAUUCAGUAGUGGAAACUGGCUUCCAUAGGGCGUAGAUAUCUAAGGCUUUUGUUUUUUUUGUUUGUUCAGAAUAGAUUUUCAGCAUUACCUCACUAAUGGAUCCUCUACAGUGAAUGGAUGCUGUCAGAUUCAGAACCCAAAGAGCUGAUAAAAACAUCACAAUAAUCCACAUGAUUACUGUAAUGUUUUUAUCAGCUGUUUGGACUUGCAUUCUGACGGCACCCAUUCACUGUAGAGGAUCCAUUAGUGAACGAGUGAUUGAAUAAUGUUCUCCACAUCUGUUCUGAUAAUGAAACAAACUCAUCUUCAUCUUGGAUGGCCCGAGUCUGAGUAAAUUGUUGGGUUGAAGUGUUCUUUAAAGGAAAUGAAAAUCUAAAAUUACAUAAUUAUUUGAAAAUUAUUAUAAUUUUUUUAACAUUAUAGGAAAGUAUCUACACAUUCUAUUAUACUUGCUGCAUAUCAGUGUUUUUGUCUUUACAUUACAAAAAAUGAUUGUAUUACAGUAGUGAGAAUCAAAAGGAGGAAUAAUUCUAACCUACAUUUAAAAGUACUCAAAAGUAAAAGGACAUAACAGUGUAAUUUGUUUUAGUUUUUUUGGUGAGAUUUACCCAUUAUUGAGAAACCUAAUUUUUUGAUCUUUUGAUGUGGCAGUUUGCCCACAAAUGGAUAAUAAUUAUGAGUUUCAUUGAGGUCAGGUUAGCGUCACUCUCGACUGAUCAACAGUGUGAUCUAGGAAAUGCCUCUUGCACAGCUGUAUGCCUAAUGACAUCGGUAGGUUUGACGACUCUUGAGACAUUUCUGCCUUUGCUAAUUCUAAAACAUGCCCAGCUCCGAUGUGGCCUUACACUUUUUUGACCUUUUAUUAAUUCACUACUAGUGAACCAAGCACAAAUAUUUAAGUAGUAUAAAAAAUUAAAGAAAUUAUUUCGUAAUAAACACUUAACCUCAGCUACGUUUUAUUAUUGAGCAGCCCAAAAAUGACUUUUUCCAAAUAUGUUAAUCAGAACUGGUGUAUGAAUGAAACUUUUUUUUUUUUUUUUUUUUUUUAAAGAGAGAAAUAUAUCUUUGUUACAAAUAAGCUCAAUGCUUUCAGAAGAAAUGCUGAAACAGACAGAAACACUAGCAUCCACAUGCAAAAUAUUAGCUUAAUAAUUAGGGUUAAUUUCUGUGUCUGACUUUGUGCAUUUUCUAACACUUAUUUUUUAUUUUUUGGUUAACAUUUUUCCUUUAUAUAGUCAAUCUAUAUUUCAGGGCACCAGUGCAGCAUAACAAUAAAAGUGCUUUAUGAGAUCAUGGUAUCAAAAUUGUAUUUUAAAAAUAACUUUUGUUAAUGCAAUUCCACAGCCAUUAAGGAGCUAUUUUCAUGUUUAUUUUAUCUAAUUUCUAUCAAUAUCAACAAAGAACAAGGUUACUGGUGCAUACUUUUUUUUUUUUUUUUUCAAAAUGAGUCCGUUAUGAUUCUGAGCAUUUGUUAUUUUUUGCUUUUUGUAGAUAGAUGCAUUUAUCUGAAGUCCUUUUUGGUACAUUUUAUACAGUGUCAAAGGAAUUACAUGCCUUGUUUGUAACUGUGCUGCUUGUUCAUUAAACUACUAUAUAAAUAA